AUGAGCCCCGGCCCGGCGCGGGCCGCGGCGCUGCCCGGAGCCCCGGGGGCGCGGGGCGCGGGGGGCGGCGGGGGGCGGCCGGCCUGGGCGCUGGGCGCGCUCUGCCUGCUGCUGGCGGCGGCCGCGGCGGCCGCGUGCCUGCGCCUGGGCGUCCAGGCGGCCGCGCUGCAGCGGCGGGUGGCGGCGCUCGAGCAGGAGCUGCAGCUGCUGCCGCGCCUGGAGCAGCUGGUGCGCGAGAAGCUGGACGGGCUGGCCAAGCUGCGGAAGAUUCGAGAAGCUCCGGCCGAGUGUGUCUGCCCCCCUGGUCCCCCUGGACGGCGCGGUAAGCCCGGAAGAAGAGGCGAUGCGGGGCCUCCUGUAAGUGACCUGGGCUGA